AGGUCAAAGUGUACCCACAGUGCGGCAGCAGCAGUCCAGGGAACACAGCAGCUGAGCUCAGAUUCAGUUGUAACCCAGCACAGUGUUCAGAAACUGCUCAGGCUGAUGUUUGUGGAUGAGAAAAAACAGGAGGGACUCGUUAAAGUUAAAGGAGGAGUGAUGUUUGAGAACUUCAGAGAAAGACUUCAUAUGGUCCAACAAGAUUUCACUACCGGGUAAGUAAGGGUUCGAGUGUGAAGCCAGAGCUAAUAUUUGUACCUGCUUCAGAUACCUGUAACAACACCCUCCGUUAAAGGUAUUGUGGCCUCUCGCCUACAAGAACGUGUGUAUGCAGCGUGUUUGCUCUGUGAUAAAACACCUGUAAUGUUCCUCUGCAGAGCUCUUUUUAGCAGCUAAAGAGGCUAACGAGCUAACAUGCUCCAGCUUCAUUUCUGCUUUUACUGCGUCUCUGCUGACUUAUGUGUCUCUCAAUUUAUGCUUUACUGUGAACCAUAUUACUCGUAUACACUCAUCCAUGUAACCUACCAGUCUACUGUCAGUAUUAUUUCUCACAUUAACCAGCUCAGACUCAGCUGUUCCUUGUUAUUACUUUCAGCUGACAGUCAUGUGAUGUGAUGAGGAUUUUUUUUAAACCCCAAACUUUAUUGACUGAAAAGGCAACUGUACUCAGGAUUAAAGACUAAGUUAAACGUUGUUUCGUAACAAACUGGCAUCAAAAAAUGUCUCCUACUACAGAGCCAUGCUGUUGUUAUUCCUGAAGAAUCUGGUUUGUCAUUGUCUUGCUGAAAUAUGAAGGUCUUCCCUGAAAAAGUCAUUGUCUGGAUAGCAGCACAUGUUGCUCCCAUAGACUGAAUAUACUAUACAUUCUUUAUACAGUCUAUGGUUGCUCCUAAACCUGUAUUUAUUUCCUGUCUCUCUGCAGCUUCAAGGCUCUUGGAGACAAAUCCAGGGAUCCCAAAAUCAGGAGGAGACCCAGGUAAGUAGAAAGCUGUCAGCUAUAUAGAUCAGCUGCUGCUUCACUGUUGUGAAAGUGAGAUUUUGGAAAUGUUCAAAUCCGUAGCUCUAUUUUAACUCAUUUGACAUUAUUUUGUAAGAUUAGAAUAACUGUAUAAAAAAAAUUAAUGUUGCAUAUUUACACAAACCAAUGAAGCGAGGCAGAGGGAGAACAACAGCUCCUAUGUAUUGUAUUUGUGACUUUGUGAGGAUGUGAAAUAAUAGCUGUCUGUGGUUGAAAAAUCCUCCAUAGGUUUGAAGAAAGUCUUCCUUAUUUCAGUGCUGGAGUGGAAAUCCUCAGCAGGUCUGUCCUGACACACACACACACACACGCACGUACACACACAUAAACCCAUUUAUAUGAUUCUAGACAAUAUGUUGAUUAAAAAUGAACAUGUAAAAAAGUAAACAUGUAAUUAAGUUAAACAAAAUAUUAGUGUAUUUAUUAUUGUAAGUCUUAAAUGUUGGUCAUGUGCUGUGUCUAAGCUGUAGAAUAAUGUAAUUUAAUAUUGAUUCUGACAAACAUUUGUGAUGUUCUGAAAUCAAAUCUAUAUAAUAACCCAGUGUAUUUGCCCUUUUAUUAAUUCAUAAGAAAGCAGAAAGGUUACUGGCUAGGAUAAUUGUGUGUAUCGGAUUAAUGUUAACCUAAAAAAAAGUUUUUACAUUCUUUUGUUUUCUGUUAAAGAAUAUACCCUAAAUUUCCAUGGUAUAUUUUAUAAGCCAAAUAUUGUAUAUUUGCUUAAUAAAACAUUUAAAAGUGAAGCUGAAAUCAUUGUACGCUGUUAAAGGAAAAACAAUUACAAUCUCUUAUCAUUAUAUAUCUGCCGUUGGUUGAUUGCUUUCUCGUUAUCAGUUCUGGUGUCAUCUGUUGAAAAACUAAUAUUGGUCCGACAGGUAUGUGGACAUUGACCUGCAGGCAGGACUACAGGCUGGUGGUGUUAGCCAUGCUAGUAUGAGCCACACUCUGUAAAGCAGUUUGGUGUGUUUAUUUGCAGACUGUGUGAUUUCUGAUUUAAAAUGGGCCCAAUCUGACUGUUCUUAGUGCAUUCUUGCCUUUGGAUUAGUAAGUUAGCCGGACUCAGUAACUCAAUAUCUUUAUUGAAAUGAUGUGGAAAUUGGUCACUCUGGAACAUCCUUGGUAUUUAUGCAUAUGUUGUUGUUUUUUUUAAUCCGGUAGGUAUGAAGACAGUUGGUUUCUGCUCCAUAAAAAGACCAAAGACUGCGCUCAGGCUGCAGAGGUAGGAACAGAGACACACAACAACAUCCCUGCCUUAGACUCCUGUAAUGGCUCAUAAUACAUAUAUUCAUUCUUGUGUUAGUCGGAGCUGGAGUAUGUUUUCAGCACAGUUAAGGCUUUUCAGAAACAACAGUAUUAAAGAGGAGAAACUUCUUAAGAGGUUUAGUAGGUGAUUGCCCAAUGAGGUUAUCUUAUAUGAAUAAUCUACUGCAGAUUUUUACACAUUAAUGGCUUGUGUGGUUAGGGUCUGUGUUGUGUUCUGGUGCAGAAUAAGGAGUCAGGACACAGGACUGCACUUACUGCACACUGUGCAAGAAGAGCAAAAACAUUCAUGAGCUGUUUGUGUGUCAUCAGCCUCCCCCCAAGAACAGAAAGGACACCACAUGUAAGACAUGGAGUGAGGGAGCUAACAAGAAGACCUAACCUUAGCUUUAGUUUUGUGACCAAACUCACGUAAAACUUACAACAACCAACAUUAUUAUCUCAAAAAUGAACAAGAAAUAUACUGCGCAAGAUUAACCACAGCAGUUUGUCCACUCAUGAGUGCAAAUAACUUUUAUGAACUUUUGGCAGCAGGGCAGAGUGAAAACAAGGCUUACCUUGUCAUCAGAGUGCACAUGCCAGCCCUGUCAGCAUGGCAACACUCACAGAGUCUUAAAGGCACAGGCAUGAUGACAACAGUGUAGAAUAUAUCAUAAAACAGAUGUUUUGGUGAAAUUCACAAGUGUCGAAGCUGUAACCUAUUACACUUUCAUGAAAUUGAGACUGUGAUAAAAGAUUAUGCCAUUUCACAAAAGAUAAUUUCCUAUCCUCUCUGCCUCAUCCAUCCUCCACCUAUAACCCUGUAUAUGUGUGUGUGUGUGUGUGUGUGUGUGUGUGUGUGUGUGUGUGUGUGUGUGUGUGUGUGUGUGUGUGUGUGUGUGUGUGUGUGUGUGUGUACCAGGUCGCUGAUGGGGACAUAGUGAUGCUCUCGGCUCACUGGGAGAGGAGGAGAACAGCUCUGACUCAACUUCAGGAGCAGCUGCAGAGUUUACCGGCCUUCAUCAGUGAGCUGGACACCAUGACAGCCAACAUUGGUCUGUACUCUAUCAUUUAUGCUAACUGUAUUAGGGUUGCUCUUUCUUCACAUGGCCUAGCAAUCUUGCGGUCAUUGGCCUAUGCUAACUGUUAGCACAGUGUGACAUCCAGUCACUAAUUUUUGUGUUUUUGUUUGUUUGUUUGUAGCUCUGCUGGAAGGAGACUUUGAGGAGAUGGAGAGCAGGCUGGUUUAUCUGGAGACUCUGUGUGCUCAGUGUGAACAACAGACAUCCAAACAGCAUCACAUCAACCAGCUGGAGGCGUACAAGAAGAAAAAGAGGUCCAUCAAUUCAAAUCACCAUUUACUCUCCUUUCAAGUCCUUUUCCCCCUCAUGCUGAUUCACUGUUUUUAUAAAAUUAGAUAUAGUCCAAAAGAUUCUCGAUUCAGCUUAGUGUGGAUUGACCAGUUUAUUUGAAUAGCUCUUGACAUAAGUGAUUAAUUAGUUAGUCUCAGUCCUAGUACUGGUGUUGAUCAAAUCCAGCCCUGCCUUUGUAUCUAUGCAAAAAGUGCCAAACAGCUGCAGUCUAUACCCCUUAGUGUUGAUAGAUUUAAUUUAAGGUGUGCCAUCAUCAGGAUGUUCAGAUUUUGUUCUUUAGAGUUAAAAAGUGUUGUUAUGGGGUCUUGACCAAUCAGAAUCAAGUAUGUGAGAAGGUAGUGUAAUGCUAAUGUAAUGUGACAUUAAGAUGAUGCCAGAAUAACGACUUUGUUGCUCCUUUUACAGGAAGGAGUUGGAAGCCCUAGAAGGUAGGUUGCAUUACUUGUGUCUAGUCUGAUACCUAUUACUGUGGUCUGAACUGCACACUUUGAUUUUGAGGCAGCAGGAAAAUAGGGACACAAUCACAAACCAACAUGUUCAUGCAUCAACACUUAAGUGUGAAGACUCCUGGUGAACAGCUUUGAGUACACACACACAGAAAAAGAAUACUGUAGUUUAUACCAAAAUAUUGGUUAAGUCAAGUUAACAAAGACUUUGAAACACUCUAUGUGUGUUUUUUUUUUUUUUUUGUAGUUGAGCUGAAUGCUGAGCAUGCUCACAAGGUGGCUGAGCAGGAGCAGGCCAUGCAUCAGAAACUGAGAGAACGUCAGAAAGUCUAUGAGGAGGCCUUCAACCAAGACGUCAAGCAGUACCUGUCCACUGGAUACCUACAGAGCAGGCGUAAGUUACACUUUGUAACAUUUAAACGUCUUCAUCAUGUUCAGCAUACAAAUAUGUCAGUGGAAAUACAGAUUCUGAAAGGGUUGUAUCUAAAUGUUUGGCUUUCAUUUACACAUCAUGUCCAAACUGUUUGGGUUGGUAUGGUGCUUUAGACGGCAGCCUUUAAACAUGUAGAAGAGCCUGUUUCUCCCCAGUGAAUGAAAAUAUGUUUUGGGUUCAAUACCAUCACACCCCUUUUCCCUCUUUAGCCUUCUAUUAAAAUGUGUGCAUGAGAAUGUCUAAGUCCACAGGGUUGAAGUCAAUGGACCUCUUUAUCAGCUGUUUCCAUGAUGAAUCAUAGUAUCGGGAUCUACUCAUGGUCAUUCUGCAUGCUCUCAACUCAACAUGCUCAGGGUUGACAGAACUUAAAGUGAGCUGUACCCAAACUGAAAAAUCACUUUUCUAUCUGAGGGUGAAUCAAUAUACUUGUGGAUUUGUCGUUUUGACCAACAAUGUGUUAGUGCACAGCUGUAUUCUUGUGUGCUUCCUCUUGUUUUUCGGUUUCUAGAGCUUCCAGGUGUCUGGUAAGGUAAAACAAAGUCCUAAUAUGCUAAAACUAAGUUUGUGUUUAGAAUCAACAGGUGCUGAUGUUAGCGUUCUGGAUCAAAUGACAGUAACUAAUACAUCAGACCAGGAGGCGCUAGAUGACUUCCUCAACUCUGCCAGUGAUGACAUCAGCACUGGAUCAUCUCUAACCUCAGGUGACGCCACGCAGUUACUGCACUUUUUAGACCUAUAAACCAGAGCUUAAAAAUUAUACAACACAGAGGCUGCACCAGUCUUUUCCGUCAGGAGCUUAGCUGUAUUUUGGGGACACUUAUUGAGACUUUGCUCUUUCCUGACUUCUGUCCCCUCCAACAGGUCCAGACCUUGAGUCCUGCUCCUCAGAAUCUUCAAGAGGCCAAAUGCACCAAACCCCUCCCACAACCAGCCAAAUGUCCAACCAGGACGCAGGGUGGGAGCAGGAGCAGGAGGAGGAGGAGGCUUGUAGUGAGGAGAGUAACGACCCCAUGGUUCAGUCUGAUGAGGAAAACGUUCAGCUUGAUAUGGCGCUAUCUGGUCUGCUGGAUGUUGACACUCUGAAAGGCUCUGAUGACAGUGACCCUGCUGAGGAUCUGCCAUCAGGCUAACCCUGGAACCAGAGCCUAGACUUGAUAUAAAUUCUAGGUCAUCAGAGACUGCUGUUACCCCCUUUAAUGCUCUUUGAAUGGUCUGUUGUGAUUUGACAUGGCUUGUCAUCAUGACCUAAGUGCUUUUUUUACUCUGUAAAGGUAAUUUCAGUAUUUUGAAACUGGACACAAACAUACUCAGUACAGCAGCAACUCUUAUUCUUCCCUGAGUGAAAUUCUUUUUUUAGUUUAAAGAGUCUGUUGACCUUUGUGAGUAUAGAAUAUUGCCUUACUUUGGUUGAAAAAUGAUAAUCUUCCUCUUUAACAAAUUGCUCUAUCUCUGAAUGAAUCCAUCCUCUAAUGUUGUCAGGUCCUUAAAACAACAAUCUGAGCAUGUCCACAACCAGGGACAUAAAGAAGAAUUAAAGUAAACAGUUUUGAUGUUGAGCAAUUGUUUUCAAGGAUUAUGUUGCAGGACUGAGAUCCUGUUGCACUGCUACAGUCAAGACUAGAGUAAGAUGAGACUGUUAAAUAUGUAAGCACAGGGAAGUUUCAAACAGGCUGGGAUUUCUAUUCAGUGUUCACCAAAAUGAGGCAAAUACUAUAAACUAUGAAGCCAGAAACUACUGCAUCUCACACAGGGCAUCAUAAUUUGAAUUUUAGUUAUGUGUAUCUUCUCAUGUUUCACAAUUGGAAGCCUUGUCAGUGACUGAUGUCACGAUGCAUUACAGCGUAUAGUGUGUUGUCAAUUUUCCUGUUAUUGCACAUGUGGCUUGUGGAACAUUGAUACGCAUUAAUACUUGCUGAGUACCAAAUGCUGGAAAUAUUUUCUGUUUAACAAUUAGUUUAGGCAGGCUCCUUGCAGGUAAAUAUUUAAACCACUUGAAUCAUAAUGUAAAAAGAUAAAAAAUAUGCUCAGCCUUUACCUUUGUGUCGCUUACAUUGUCAAUGUCCAGCUCCUUACUAUCUGCAUGAGAGCUUUGCAGGGGCAGGCUGACAAACACAAACACAAUACACUAGUCACUGAUGUGCACUUACUACAAAGGCAACAGUUGUUAUCUUCUGUCACUGCCUCUAUUCAAAGUCACUCAUGUCUGCAUCAGCAGUGGCCUAGUUUAACACUCCUAUUAAAUGUGGUCACCUUAAUGCACAUGUGCACCUGUCUCUGUAAAUUCAGGGGUUGCAUUGUAACCUUAAUCUAGUCAUAUUACAAGUUUGGCCAAACACCCUGUCUUGAGGUCACAUUUGAUGUUAAAAAUCACAUAUGAGAUGAAACGACUUUGGUUUUAUCCAUCAUCCAGAUUUUCCAUCCACUAAAAAACCACACGCUUGCAGUAUUUUGAGUUUUGUGGCCACUGUAGGUCUUCCUCAUGAGGAGGGGAGGGGGGAUUUGUUGUGAGUUAGUUGUAAUUUGCAACUUCACCGUUAGAUGGCACUAAAGCACAUACACAAACCCUCAAAGUUAAUUGCCUUAUUCAAGAUAUAACAACAUAACUUUAAAACAGAUGUUGAGAUUAAAUGGUACAGUGAUGCUGUGCUGUGAGAAAAUGCAGUCAUAGGCAGUAAUGCUUGAUUGAAAGGAUAUUGUCAGAUUAUGACAGGUAACCUGCUGUGCUCACAGAUCAGAUGUUUUGACAGCUUCACACUGAUUGACUGUUUAGAAGUUGAUCAGGCUACUGGGUUUCUGAAAGAGUCUUUGUGUGAUCAGCUGCUAUUUACAAUAACAAUAAAUGAACUCUGUGUUCCCUUCCAUACUGCUCAAAUAUUCACCUUUUUUCAUCAGCAGUGAACUAAAAAAUACGUGUUAUAAAAACAUGAAACUCUGACACACUUAAGAAUAAAAAUACAAGUGUCAUCAUUGACUCAGAAAGAUGAUUUGACACCAAAAUGUUGCUCAUGUGCGUAAAACUCCAUGAGACUAGUUAUUUUCUAGUUAUUGCAUUGUUCAUUUUAAGAUAAGAAACAAGAAGAAUUAAGUUAUCCCCAAGGGGAAAUUGGAAUUAUCCAUUCCUCAAGUUGGUGUGAAAACACUGGAACUCUACAAAAAGACACAGACACAUUAUUGGAUAUGUUUUUUUAAGCAGUUGUUGGAAAAAAAAAAAGAAAAUACUCACACUAAACUAAUUAAUUUCCAUUACUGAACUGUAGUUCAAAAUUAACCCAAUAUUCUUUGUCUCUUUACCUAUUUAUAGAAAAUAUUAACCUUAAAGUACGUCAAAUUUCUGUGCCCCAUGAGAGAUAGGAUAUUGGUACCGUUAGAGUGUUUAAAACAAUCUGUGUUGCCUACUGCUAUAAUAUUAGCUUGUAACAUGCUAAGAUGUGUAUCUCUGAUAAUUGUGUGUCCCCAACUCUUUUCCUCACCCUGACCCAAACC